AAAGCAGGAGGAGGAGAGAAGAAGAAGCGAAAGCAACGGCGCAAGGAAAGCUACGCUAUCUACAUCUACAAGGUGCUGAAGCAGGUCCAUCCGGACACCGGUGUCUCGUCGAAGGCGAUGAGCAUCAUGAAUAGCUUCGUGAACGACAUCUUCGAGCGUAUUGCUAACGAAGCAUCUCGUCUGGCCCAUUACAACCGACGGUCGACGAUCACCUCCCGCGAGGUACAGACCGCCGUUCGUUUGCUGUUACCGGGAGAGCUGGCGAAACAUGCCGUAUCGGAAGGUACCAAGGCCGUUACCAAGUAUACCAGCUCGAAGUAA